UUUGGGGCUCUUUUGGGCAAAUUAAUUUUUGACACAACUAAGCAAAUGUUUUGAUUGCUCGCUGUUGAAUUCGGGAGCGUGUUCCUAUUCGAGCUUGGGACAGUUGGGCAACGGAAAUGUGUGAGUGUGACACUUCUACCUCCGGGGAGAUAAAGGCUUGGCACCAUCUCGACCACCUGGAAAGGGGGGGGCCCAAGGCAUGGGUUGGGUGGAGGUUGGGGUCUCAGUAUGCUAAAAGGGGAGGGUGAUCCUGGUCCAGGUGGAUCAUUUAAUGAAGCUCUCGAGAGGAAGAGAGAGCUUCCCUCACUGUAUUGUUUGUCCCGGCAGUACUGUAUCAUGCUAGCAGUAUUCGUACAAUACGGGUACCGGUGCUCUUCAACGAAUGAACAACACCCCCCUUCACCACUUGACAGCAGAAUAGGCGAUCAAUUCAACUCAAUGGUUGUCAACGAUGCCAACUAAUGCCCCGAUAGCCUCCUUAACGUUUUCCCUCCCGCUUUCAAAUCUACUAACGAUGGCACGAGCGAUGAAUGGUUAACGCCCACCGAAAUGCGAUAACUGGAUUGGUCUGCUUGUACAGUACUCGAGUAUUAUGCGUAACUUUUUUGUCAGGGUGUGUGAAAGUGGGAGGGAUCAUGGCGUUCAACUUCAUUUCCCAAGACUUCACCGAUAUCCAACCCACCAACACCAGGCUGAAGUUACCGCUCUCCUCUCUCCUCUCCCUCUCUUUUUCUUUUUCUUUUUCUUUUUCUUCUCCCUUUCGCUUCCUGCGAGAUUUUGCCUCGGAGAAUUUUGUAGGGGAGGAGAGAGCUUUGCUCAUUUUCGCUCGCUCGGGUUCCGGUAGUUACUUUUUCCUCUCUCUUUUGCCCUUUUGGCCAAUCUAUUUGCCCUUUCACUCGUUCUAUUCCAUAUCCGCCGGCGCAACCGCCGGGAGCACGAGAAAAGAAGCUUAGAAGGGUUUAAACGGCUUCUCUCGCGUGCAGCCCAAGCCGCACGCCGCACCGCUAGCGGUAACUGAACUCCCCCUUCAGUAUCAGUGCCAUGCUGUGCCAUUCCUAUUCUUUCAUUCUCCUUUCCUCUCUCCCUCUCCUUGAGCCCACUCCCAACUCUCGACCCCCGUCGACAAUCCCGCCGCUUUGGUUUCCGCCGCGCUUCCGCACUCUCUCGUUCAAUAGCCCUUCAUCGCUACCGGUACUGUACCUGAAAAUCUAGAACCCGGGCCAAAAUUAUCAUAACCUAUCUGUAAUAUUGUACAUCUUACGGACGGCUCUUUCGCGCCUCCCAAAGGUCCUCACUUAUUUAUUCUGCCCUCGCCAUUUUUCUCUCGCUUGUGCUACAUUUGGUCCUUCCCCCUCCCCCCCCCUCUGAACCUCCAUCCCCCGUCCCAGUCCCUUUUCCCUUUCCCACAACCCCCCCCAAUCCGUUUCCUUCGUCCUCUCUUUCCUGUUGUUUUCUCCUUCUUGUGUCCUGGCCCAGUCCCCUGUCUUCAACCCCCCCCCCAGCCCUGCUGUUUUAGCUGUGCUCCAUUCGUUGGCGGCUGUCACCUAAUCCAAAAAAAAAAACGCCCCCAGCAACGCAUCGACGCUCAUUAAACUUCCUCUGCACUCUAUCUCGUCGUCUCUCAGUAACCAUCGCCUUUCUUUCCCUCUUACCCUCCCUCCCUCUUCCCUUCCUUUUGCCCUUCCCGCCGACCAUCUUCAUCCCCGUCCGUCCGAUCGAUUCACCUUCGACCACGAUCAUCUCGGCCUUUCUUUUUUCGUGUGUUCGGUUUUUCCUUCCGUUGUGGAAGUCGGUGCUAAAAAAAAAAAGGGUUCUCAUACACGAGGCCGCUUCUACGGGAUUAGAUUCGAAGUCGUGGGCUCAUCACUGGGAUACCACCUUUUAAUUUCUGUCUUCUCUUCUGGGCGGGAGUUUGGAAUAAUAGUGAGGCCUAGAAUCGAGAGCGAGAGAAAGAAAAGGAAGAAGAAUAAAGGACUGUUUUUUCGCGAGCCGAAACUGUUUCUAAAUUUCUUCUAGACCAAGUUACUCGAUAUUUUGGACUUUUCUAUCUUCUCUUUUCUAAGAUGUCUUCUGAGAAACAAGCACCCUUGAAUGGGGAAGUGACAUCUGGCUCCGCGACUCAGGCAAUCUCACACGAACGAAGUUCGUCAAAUGUUACUGGUGCGUAGUUCCGUCAUAGGCAUCACCCUCUUCCUCCCACUUCAAGCUCAUCACAUCUAUUGCUCUUUCCUUGCUAUCCCUUCCCCCACUGUCCGCUUUGCCAGGAGUCUUGGGGGUUCAAUGGAUGCAACGUACUAAUGCUAUGUAUAAAUCCAGAUAAAGGCCGUAAUUCGGAGUCAUCCCCUUUGACACCCCCGACACCUCCCACCAGGACUUCGUCGAUACAACCAAUUGCCCCGCGCUCCUCCGCAGACGAACCUUCAUCAUCUCCAUCAACGCCUGUGCCUCCUCCAUCAACCUCGACUGCUGGAACCGAGGUGCCGCCACCUGCUAACGCCCCCGCUUCCCAAAAGCGGAACUCGUUGCUCUCUGUCCCCACCCGGACGUCAUCAACAAAGCAGGCCGAGCAGUCACCAACCUCGACAAGUAGUACGGCUGUCACUGCCACCGGCGACAACACGUCUACCACCAGUCGUAAAGGAAGGCGGAGAAGAGAGGCGGGGAGUAAUGGGAGUAGUUUGAACUCUGGUGAAGAAGGACGUCCUCGCAAGCAGGCUGGCGGUAUUGUGAGGUUUUUUGGAUUUUUAUGCUGCCGAAGUGGCGCAUCCGCGGAGGAAAUGCAACCCAGUCCACGCAGAACUAAUAAGAGGCCUGGAUCUGCAUCUUCCCGCAAAGCAACUCCUGUCGGGAAAGAGCAUGCACUUAAAACUUCAAAAGAUAGCGGUGUCGCCGAAUCUAAGGACGUAGCAGAGGCCGGGAAGCUUGGGGAUGAUGGCAAUACAAUCCGUUCCGAGACAACAAAGGGGGGACCGGCGUCUGUUACAUUGAGCUCUGGAUCUGGGGAUGAGGACAAGAUAAAGCGGGCGGAUGGCGAGGUUCUUGUUGGAGAGAAGAUUGUUGUAAAAGAUGACUCCACUUCCAAAGAAGGGGGCGCGGGGGCGGGGCAAAACAGUUCCUUGUUGUCCGGUAACACACCAACCGUCACCAUACAGGCUCCCACGCCAACGGGGCUCCAAACCGAAAAAGACGACCUCGAUUUUAUCAUUUCCGACCCCCAGUCGUCGAAGGAGGCCGGCACCUCGACUUCAGAGGAUAUUGAGAUGCGCGAUGCGGACGGUGAGGAUUAUGGCACUACCGGAAAGAGGAAGGGCGAACUGAAGAUUCAGUUCCCACAUUUCGAGGAAUCUGGUCAGGAUAGUGAAAGUGAUGACACACAGCAGCGGAGCUCGGAUGAAGGUUAUCCCCAUGAUCCCCGCGAUACCGCACUAGUGCGUACUCCAUCGCUGGAUGAGAGGCAACAGUGGCUGCUACCUCCGCCGGCCCCCAGAUUCGAGGGAAAGAAGUGCCUGGUAUUGGACUUGGACGAGACCCUGGUACAUAGUAGCUUCAAGGUAUGCGAUCUGGUAUUUACCCUUAAGGCUUCCUCUACUAAUCUCUCAUUCCAGGUCUUGCAUCAGGCCGAUUUCACCAUUCCUGUAGACAUCGAGGGAAGUUAUCAUAAUGUCUAUGUUAUCAAGAGACCCGGUGUGGAUGAGUUCAUGAAGAGAGUUGGUGAACUGUACGAGGUCGUUGUGUUCACAGCUUCCGUCUCGAAGGUAUACUCCUGUUGCGGUAGAUUUAUAGAUGCGUGUUUCUGAUGUUUGUGUCACAGUAUGGCGAUCCGUUACUUGACCAGCUAGACAUUCAUCACGUCGUCCAUCAUCGUCUCUUCAGGGAUAGUUGCUUCAACAACCAGGGGAAUUAUGUCAAGGUAUUUUAGACAGUGGGCACCAUCCUAGAUGUUAGUUCUGACCACUUUUGCAGGAUCUCUCCCAACUCGGCCGAGACCUUAAGGAUACCAUCAUCAUCGACAACUCCCCUACAAGUUACAUCUUCCAUCCACAACAUGCCGUGCCUAUUAGCAGUUGGUUCUCUGAUGCUCACGACAACGAGCUAUUGGAUCUCAUUCCCGUUCUGGAGGAUCUGUCGACACAAGAUGUUCGGGAUGUAACGCUGGUCUUGGACGUAUCUCUGUGACGAUCCGUAUAAGUGACUCCUAGAGUGACUUGCGAUGCUAUGGUGGAUUUGCUUUUCUUGAUCUUUUUUAUUUGAAAAUGGGGCUUCUUGCAUCAACACAUGGUAAAAUGCCGAUAAUUAUGGCUGUACAACUGCUUGCAUAAUUUUGGGGGAGUAUUGUGAUUGAAAGGGCGCAGUCUUUGGAUGGAGCAACUGCAAGUGUCUUUCCAUAUACAAAAAUGCUGCUCGAUGGAAAAUGCUAUUGGGAUUAGGAAUUGAGGGGAGAUUCCUUGGGACGUGGCCUUGCGCCUUUUUGCUCCUUGCCACACUGGCUGUUCAGUGUGUCUUUUUUUAUGUUCUCGUUUUUGUCUUUUUUCCCCUUGAUAUCCCACGCCCAUAGGUGUUGAAUCUCAUUCAGUUGGCUGCUGCCGUGUUUCUUUUGUAAUGCUUCUCGCACGCUUCCCUCUCCUAUUAACUUAUUAUUAGGUCUGCAUACUGUAUAUGCUAUUUUUUUAUAUCCUCCUCUUUUCUCUCCUGUCCUCAUCUUCCAUCUCUUCCCCUUCUCUUUUUCUUCUCUUUUCGUUUUCUCUUCUGCUGAUUCGUUCUCGAAUAUGCUUCAGGAGUCUAUUUCGUGCAAAAAAUCUUUCAUGUAUCUGGGGUCAGCGAUCUUGCGAUAUUGUCUCUUUUCUCGUUUUCAUUUCCGUUUUCAUUUCCGUUUCUUGAUCUUCACUUUCCCUUUGUAAAGCCCCAAUCGUAGUAGCUUUAUUCUUGUGACUUGAUUGCCGAAUCUUUUUCCUUCAUCAAUACCCACUGCUCUUUUCGGCAUUCUCUUUUUCUUCUUUUCAUUUCUCUUCUCUAUUGCUUAACGGUGAAAUUGGUAUUGGGGGGCGGGGGCGGGGGGUGCAUCAAUGGAGGUAGUUUUGUGAGGAUA